UGUAGCGACAGUGACUGCUGAGCGGAACCAGAUUCUUUAGUUUAUAAACACAGCAGCAGACUGUUGGAGGUUAAGGUGGAUUCAGGGCUGUUUAUUGUAUUGAAUCAGAUCAAGUAACAGAGUCAUUGUGAUGUAUUGAUUGGACAUGUUCUAAUAGUUUCAGCGCUUUGGACAGAUGUUUGCUGUGGUUUAAAAUGAAGACUGUAUUCUCUGUAGGUGAAUAUGGAAGGGUGGUUAGAGUUUCCCCCGGUCUCCAGUAAAGUGGAGCAGCAGAAGAUCCAGCUCUGAUCAGCAGCUCCACACCUCUGUACUCAGACUGCUCUGCUGGAGGAACACCAUCAGCUCACCUGCUGCAGAACUGAAUGCUGUCCUGUUCCAAGUUUUCUCCCAGUGGCAACUUUCCUACUUGAAGUUUGGCUUCAGAAAAAACAGAUUUCCCAAAGACGUUAAGCUGCUAAACUGCUAAAGAAAAGAACAUGGCAUCCAAAGAAAUCUCCAAUACUCAGCAAACGCUUGCUCCUACACCUCCCAGGCAAAUGCAGAAAAGUACAGACAAGAAGAAAACUCACCCAUGCUCAGACUGUGGGAAAAGUUUCACUACACAGAGAGAUCUCAGAGCACACCAGCGCACUCACACUGGAGAGAAACCGUAUCACUGCUCUGAAUGUAUGAAGAGUUUUACUUCUCAGAGUAAUCUCAAAACACACCAGCGCAUUCACACUGGAGAAAAACCAUAUCACUGCUCAGACUGUGGGAAGAGUUUUAUUAAAGAGAGAGAUCUCAAAACACACGAACGCAUUCACACCGGAGAGAAACCGUAUAAUUGCUCAGAAUGUGGGAAGAGCUUUACACAACAGAGUAAUCUCAAAACACACCAGCGAAUUCACACAGGAGAGAAACCCUUUCACUGUUCAGAGUGUGAAAAGACUUUUACUACACACGAUAGCCUCAGAAUACACCAGCGUCUUCACACUGGAGAGAAACCGUAUCACUGUUUAGAGUGUGGGAAAAUGUUUAUUAGAAAGAGUCAUUUUAAGACACACCAGUUCAUUCACACAGGGGGGAAACCGUGCCAGUGCUCAGAAUGUGGAAUGAGUUUUAAUUAUCUAAAUAGUCUCCUGCAACACCAACGCAUUCACACUGGAGAGAAACCAUAUCACUGUUCAGAUUGUGGGAUGGGUUUUAGUCAACUGAGUAAUCUUAAUAGACACCGGCGCAUUCACACUGGAGAAAAACCUUAUUAUUGUCCGGACUGUGGCAAGAGUUUUAAUCAACAGAUUAAUUUCCAAAGACACCAGCGCAUUCACAGUGGAGUGAAACCGUAUCAGUGUUCAGACUGUGGGAAGAGUUUUAACCAACAGAAUAAUCUCCAACAACACCAGCGCAUUCACACUGCAGAGAAACCGUUUCACUGCUCAGAAUGUGGAAAGAGUUUUAAUUCUCAGAGAAGUCUUCGAACACACAUAUACAUUCACACUGGAGAGAAACCAUAUCACUGCUCAGAGUGUGCAGAGAGCUUCAGGUAUUUACAAUCAUUCAAUAAACACAAGUGCAUUACGAACAGUUAUGGAAAUGGACAGUGACACACAAAACCAUUCCAGGUCCCAACCCUGAUCUAUUGGUAACUUGUGUAUACAGUUUCUGAAGCAUAUUGAUUUUUAAAACAAAACAUAAUGUUGGAUUCUAAUUGCCAUGUUUUAAAUGUUCAGCCUACACGGUAUACAUUGAUGAUACUCCCAACCCAGAUCCUAUCCGUAGAGCUUGAUUCGUAAGAUACGCUGUAUCCAGUGAAGAUUAAUUUCUGAAGAGCUUCCAACAGUUACACUUGAGAGUGUUGGAAAGGAUAGUGGUCCUGAACAGCCAUCAGUAAAAUUAGGUAAUUCAGCAUUAUUUCCACACAAUUGGGGAACAAAAAUGUACUUUUUUAUUUUUAUUUUUAUUACUGUACAUUGUGCUUGUAAAUGUAUUUAUAAAAAAUAUAUAUUAUAAACUAAAGAUUUGCUUAAAGAAGUCAGCUAAUUUUAUUCCAUCAUACAAGAGUUCCCAUGGCCAUUUGCAGGAAAACAAAUUUAUUAAAAAGCAGUGUGUUAAUACAACAUGGAGUUGGGCUCAAAGAGACUUUUUGGGGGUUUGGUGGUUUUUGUGUUUUUUUGGGUCAUGUUGAAAAUGACUUCGUUAAAUGUACAGUGUAGAAAGGCAGUGCAACUGAGAGCAGUUUAAAUUGAGUAAUCAGAUCCCACAGCUCAGCACAAAUAACAAUUUUUAUUUGACACAUGGUUAUUCAUUUGUUAUAUUUGUGAUAUGGAAGUGCAGUAGGUAUGAAAGCUCAGUCAAGCGAAAGAGGAGGAGGAGUACCGCAACAGAAAAUGACAGGAAGGAGUUGCUCAUUGGAAGGCAGAAAGCAAAACACACUAAAAACUAAAGACAAUUAAAAUUAGUCUUCACUUAUUGCUUUGCGAUGUAUGAUGAAUUAUGGCUUUAUUGUGUUUGAAUGCAGAUGUUUCAUCAUACCAUGGUGUGCUUUCUCUACAGUUUUAUGUGAUAUGUAUGUGUACUUUUUAAAUAAAGAUUUGUGUAGCUGA